AUCCAGACACUUGGAAAACGAGCACAUGUGAUACUGGGAAGCAGCCGUCUAUUCCUACUGUUCUACCCAUGUGGAUGUUCCUGUGAAUGGUCAUUGCUUGUGUUAUCCAUGCAUGUGGAAAUGUAAAGACUGUGACAAUUCAUUUUCAAGAAGAUCGGAACUUUUGAAACACUACAAGCUUGAUCAUCAGCAUUAUGGGCGGGGUCGUGCCUACCCCUGUAUUCAUGAGAAUUGCCCAUGCACAUGCAAGACAUGGAAAGCUCUACUCACUCAUCUAAGCAAAUUCCAUUCUGCUCAACAAUCUUCACAGAACAAUAGAUUUUCAACACUCAAGUGCCAUGUUUGCGACAACAAUCUGCAUUCUACUGAGCCAGACUAUUUUCAACAUAUCAGGCAGCAUUUGAAAAAUCAUGAAUUUGUAAAUUGUAUGUUUUCUGGUUGCUCAUACAAAACAAAUCAUUACGGAGCUUUCAAUACUCACAAAUGGAGGAAGCAUACCCCACAUACACUUAAUGAUUUCAAGCCUGGAAUUGUUGAUGGGUAUGAUGUUGUAGAAUCAUUUGAAACGGGUACUACUGAUCAGUUGAAUUUGCCAUCUGAAGAACUUCCUGAUGAAGAAUCAACAGUUUCGACAGAUAUUGAAUUAAAACUUGCCUCAGUCCUACUUAAAUUAGAAAAUUAUUUUCUUGUAUCAAGUGCAGCUGUGAAUGAGCUUCUAGAAGAGCUGCAAUAUUUAAUUGGUACUGCCUCUCUGCCAGUUACCCAAAAGACUAUAAUCCACUUCUUACAAGAUCGCAAUUGCCAAGUUGAUGAAUCAGUUGUGAAAGAGUUGGCCACUGAACUUUGCACUUUGAAUCCCAUUCAAGCUGCAAUAGGAAACCGUGGUCCACUGUCAACCACUUGGAAACGGAAGAAAUAUUAUAGAAAACACUUUAAUGUUGUUGAACCAGUGGAGUAUGUGUUAGACCGAAAGAAUAGAAGGUUUUUUUCAGUAUGUGCCUAUACUAAAAUCUUUGCAGCAACUUUUAAACUGUGAAACUA